AUGCAGUUGACUGUGCUCAUCUUCCAACUGCCUUUCUGUAGCAGUAAGGAAAUCAGCUUGUUCUACUGUGACGUCCUCCCUGUCAUGAGACUGGCGUGUGCAGACACCCAUGUCCAUGAAGCCACUCUGUUUGUGGUCAGUGUCAUUGUCCUCACCAUCCCUUUCCUCCUCAUCACCCUCUCCUAUGUCUUCAUUGUGGAUGCCAUCCUGAAGAUACGCUCAGCUGAGGGGAGGCACAAAGCCUUCUCUACCUGUUCUUCCCACCUGACAGUUGUCCUCCUGCAGUAUGGAUGCACAAGUCUCAUCUACUUGUGUCCCAGCUCCAGCUACUCUCCUGAGCAGGGUCAGGUGGUAUCUGUGGUUUACACCUUUAUCACUCCUAUGCUGAAUCCUCUGAUCUACAGCAUGAGGAACAGAGAACUCAAGGAUGCUUUGAGGAGAGUGAUAAUGAAACUGGCUUUGAUCCAAACACAAGAGACACUCUAA